UUAUUUUUUUUUUGACAUCCGCCUCCUACCGGACAGUGCGCCUCCGCUACGCCGCCAUGUGCGCCCUCAUCCCGGCGUGGCUGUGCUUGCUGCUCGGCCUCCUGCCUCUGGAGGUCCAGUCCCGGGCUCUGGCUCUGCAGAGGACUCACAGACACAGGUUGAAUUUACCCAGACCCUCUAAAUACCCAAAGUCCUCCUACUCCGCCAUCUUGCCUACCAUGUCUGAUCUCUCCGUUGCCGCGGACAACCAGAUCACCCAGGAAGACAGGCAUAUCAUGUGGAGGGCCCUGCUUCACAAAGAGCCCCCGCCAAAGCUGUCUGACCCUCUGCUUGACCGAAGCCAGAAUGUGCUGCCGGAGGCGCCGGUCUGGCAGCGCGGGUCACGGGGUCGCCGCCAUGCCAGCAACGGCGGCGGGAGGGGCCACGGCCACCUGAUGAGGGUGGGGUGUGUCCUCGGCACCUGUCAGGUUCAGAACCUCAGCCACCGUCUCUACCAGCUGAUCGGACAGAGCGGGAGGGAAGACUCGUCCCCCAUUAACCCCCGCAGUCCUCACAGCUACGGCUGA